GGCAUGUUCCAAAAUGGAUUCUCAACAGACAGGGGCUCUGACCAAUGGUGGCUCAGAUGACAGGAGUGUCGGCCAAUCCUUGAAGAGAUCGUGGACUGUGCCAGAGAUCCAUGAGGAGCCAGUGGACUCCUUGAUCUUAUCCUGCCCACCAGGCAACCUCCAAUAAUGCUCCCUUAAACAGGUGUACUCCGGUACAGGUUUCCAAUCAAAACCUUUUUAGGCCAAACGAGGAGGGGCUGGGAGAGCGCCAGAUGUGAGAGGGACACAGCCAGCAUUACAGGAAGUAGUUGAACCCUGCGGGCUCAACCAACCAAUCACAGUCUCCUGGUGUGUGCGAUCAACCAAUCGGAGUCAAAUCAAACGUUCCUGGAUUGUGCAACAGGCCAAUCACAGACUCUGCAGCUCUCAGCUCUACCAAAGACGUGUCUCCCUCUGAUUCUAAAGGGAGUAGGUUAGAAGCCAGAGCUGUUUGGUCUGGGACCAGUUGAAAUGCCCUGACCUCCACUACUGUGACUGGUACGGGUCAGAUGGAGGAUGUGUGUGUUGAAGAGAUAAAACACACGGAGGAGCCUCUCUAUAGGAUGGAGACAGAGGAGAGGGAUGAGAGGAGAGAUGGAGAGAGUGAUGUUACACAACACAGGAAUGGUAGUCCCAUUGUCCCUGAAACGCCUCUCAUCUCCGACACAGCCAAGGCAGAGAGGGAUGGAGGGAUAAGGGGAGAGAAAGAAAGGAAAGAUAGAGAGGAUGAGAGAGUGAUCCCUCUUUUCCUACCCCCUAGUCGAUGUCAUGGUGGAAAAGAGAGACCGGGAGAGGAUAGAGGAGAGAGAGCAGAGGCAGGGAAAGGAGUUUGGGGGAGAAGAGAGGAAGAGGAGGGAGAAGUAUUGGAUCUGAGCUUCCCUAAAAGAGAGAGAUUAAGGAGAGGAGCCUUUGGCAUGAGAGCUCACUGCUUAUGGAGGUAGAUGAGGUAGAGGGGGAUGGAGAUAGGGACAUAGUAGAGGAAGAUGAUGGCGAUGAUGAAGAGGAAUCUAUAUUGAAAAUGGAUGGAGCUGACAUUUUGGGGGGACCUCUCUUGUCUCCCUGGUUCUUCUCUACCUCCGUCUUCACCUCCCUCUCUUCCAUAGACUCUGAAAGUGAAGGUCUUCUCCUGAUAGAUGACCAGGGUAUUCCAUACACACUCACUCCUGAGGGGCACAAAGUGCCCCAAAUGGACUCUUCCAGGCCAGACAACCCCCCCUCAAGCCAGCCAAAGGUGCAGUCCAGCUCAUUGGAGGUAGAGGAUGACAGGUCGUCUCAUAUAACCACAGCAGGGGUCACUUACCUCAGCCAAAGUUUAGUAAAAACUCCACACACACACAAGGAAAACACAUGUCCCGCUCCUGUUACAUCUAUGAAACCCUCACAGAAGUCAGAACUUCUAAACAAUACAGAACACUCAAAGAACCCAGAACUCUCACAGAAUGUGCAACCCCCUAAGGUUCUAGAUUCAGGUGUGAUAUCUGUUAGUGAGGCUAGUGCUUCUGUUUCCCAACCCUCUGGUUCUGCUGUACACCUCCAACCCCCUCAGCCCAUCCAGAUCCUGACUAACCCCUCCUCCAACACCCCCAUCCUCCUCUUCCCCUCCUCCCCCCAGCACUCCUCCAUUCCCCUAACCAAGACUGAUACCAACCCAGGCCUCCUGGCCUUCUCUCUCCCCCUCUCCCUCACCCAAAACACUCCCAGUGCCUCCACCUCUAUGUUCCUUCUCCUCUCCUCCUCCACCACCUCUUCCUCCGGUCAGUCUUUCUCUACCUCCACCCCCAUUGCUCUUAUUGACCCCUCCACCGGUCAGCUCUCCCAAAUCACUGCCUCCUCUUCAUCCCCUCUUUCUCUCUCUCUCUCUUCUGGUCAGCUUGCCACAUCAGGGCCAUCCCUCCCUGCCAAUCCCUCCCACCCAGUUAUUAUAUCGACACCCAACAACUCCCCUACCAUCCUAUCAAGAGAGAGUUCCAGCGUUAACCCUCCCGCCCCCCUGACCUCCCCCUCUGUGGUCUCCUCCCCUCCCUCCAAGCAGCCCAGUGCUGAUGGCAGUUCUAAAGCAGUUCUACUCAGCUCACCUCCUCACAAACACACUGAACCAAACUGUUGUGACCCCAACACCGAUCAUCAGUCACUAUCUACUGAAGAAACCCGAAUGGAGUCUGUCCCAAAUGGGCCAUCUCCUACUAAAGCCCCUCCCCUUACACACCUGCAAUCACCUUCUCUGUCCAUUGACUUCCGUUUGGAGGCAUCCGACCAAUCAAAAGCCCCUCCCAUGGGACGACCAUCUCUACUUCUCCUCUGCCACCGCUCCUCUCUCCCCUCCCCUUGCCCCCAUCUUCCCCUCCAGUGGACCCAGGAACCUGAACCCCCUGGACCCUCUGGACCCCCUGUCCCCAGCCUCCUCUCCCUCCUCUGGGCCACGAAGGGUCCUCUACUGCCCUCUCUGCCCCAGGAUCUUCUACUACCUGUCUGACCUGGAGCGUCACUCCAUCACCCACUCUCAGAACAAACCCCAUGUCUGCCUGCAGUGUGGCAAGGCCUUCAAACGCUCCAGCCAUUUGCAGAGACACAAGCACAUUCACACGGGCGAGAGGAACUUUGUGUGCCCCAUUUGCUCCAAGCGUUUCAGGGAGGCAGGCGAGCUGCAGCGCCAUCAGAGGGUACACACAGGAGAGAAGCCCUACCAGUGCCCGCUGUGCCACACACGCUUCGCCGAGCGCAACACCCUGCGUCGACACACCAGACGCAAACACCCUUACCAUCAGGCAGCUAUGGAGAUGCUGUCUGAGAGAGGAGCAGGGGGAGGAGGAAGAGAAGGCGGGGAUGGAGAUGAGGGCACAGAAGAGUGGUAUAGUUCCACUGUGUCCAACUUGGACAACUCUGACUCUGAACCAGAUUCUGAGGUCAUUUCCUGAGGCUGAUCCUCUUGAAUAAAGGAAAGGAGAAGAGGAGAAGGAGGAGGAGAAGAAGGAGGAGGAGGAAGAGGAGAAGGAGGAGGAGGUGGAGAAGGCGAAGGAGCAGGAGGAGGAGAAGGAGAGCAAAGAUGGUGUAGCUUCACUGUGUUCGACUUGGACAACUCCUUGGACAACCUUUGACACUGAAAGGGAUUGAAAAUUACUUUUGAAUGAAAAGUACCUGAACGGUACUUUCCAAUGAGAUUGGUUAUAUUUAUAAAAUGAAUUACUCUUGAAUGUAUUUUAUUUCCAUUUCCUUACAGGUUCGGAAAUUAUCACUGAUCUCAUAAACCAUUUCCCAUCAAGUAUUCCUUUGAUUUUCGUCAUUUCCACAACUAUAGGGCGGAAAAUGUUAAUGGACAUUCUAAAAAAUGUCCAUCCUGCUAUAACAAUACAUUUGCACUACCAAAGUACAAACAAUUAUCUUGUAAAAAGCGCUGUCGCAAUGUUUUAUUGUAAAAUUGUUCUUUUUUUUUUACCCCUUUUUUCGUGGUAUCCAAUUGUUUUUAGUAGCUACUAUCUUGUCUCAUCGCUACAACUCCUGUAAGGGCUCGGGAGAGACGAAGGUUGAAAGUCAUGCGUCCUCCGAUACACAACCCAAUCGCACUGCCUCUUAACACAGCGCGCAUCCAACCCGGAAGGCAGCCGCACCAAUGUGUCGGAGGAAACACCAUGCACCUGGCAACCUUGGUUAGCGCGCACUGUGCCCGGCCCGCCACAGGAGUCGCUGGUGCGCGAUGAGACAAGGACAUCCCUACCGGCCAAGCCCUCCCUAACCCGGACGACGCUAGGCCAGUUGUGCGUCGCCGCACGGACCUCCCGGUUACGACAGAGCCUGGGCGUGAACCCAGAGCCCUUAACCACUCUGUUCUUUAUUACUAUAUUUUUUUAUUAUCUUGUGGGAGCUGUACUUAUUAUUGAGUGAGAUUAUUUCACUUUCUUACUAUUAAAGACACUGUCGUUUACUAUUAAAGACACUGUCGUUGGAUUUUGUGUUCAAAUGUGAGAACAAUAGCCUCCAAUUUGUCCUUUUGACAUGGUUUUUACAUUGUGAUUUCUGCUGCCUAUGCCUUCAAAACAAGGUGCCCCAAUUCUUUAUUGUUGCUGAUUGCACCACUGAUGCAAUUGAAUGAUAAAUGCUCAUCAUGUUAACUUAUUUCAGUUAAACCUCCCUGUGUGUGUACAGUGCCUUCAGAAAGUGUUCAUACACCUUGAGUUAUUUCACAUUUUGUUGUGUUACGGCCUGAAUAAAACAAUGUUUUAAAAA